CGUGCGCAGAUUGGAUGGGAGCGGCUGGUCAUUGGCUGGAACGCGGUGACGUCACGCGUCGACGCACCGGACAUGCCGCCGCUGGAGGAGGAGCUACGCGCCGUUCUACUACGAUCAUUAAAGGGAUCAUGCUUUUUUCAGUGUGCUCCAACCCAAUGUUAUGGAAAACAAAUCAUACUGUGUGGAGAGCAUGGAGGUCCUGGAAGUUAAGCCUGCACUCUUCUACAGCUUGUGCUGGUCCUGGUCCUGGUCCCCUUGACAGAUCUGAAGAACUCUCUUCUGUUUUAACCCAAAAGCCCCCUCACACACCUGUUAUGCUUAAAGAGGUGCUUCAUUACUUAGACGUCCAGCCAGGUCAGGUGGUCCUGGACAUGACAUUUGGAGGUGGUGGUCAUACCAAAGCAAUACUGAAAAUGGUUCAUGAAGUCACAGUCCUGGCCUUAGACCGAGAUCCUACAGCCAUUUCUCUGGCCCAGCAGUUAGCCAAGGAACACUCUGGUCGUGUGAAACCAUUGCUCGGCCGAUUCAGCGAGCUUGAAGCCCUGCUGUCCGACAUGAACAUUAAGCCAGGCAGCAUUGAUGCUGUCCUGUUGGAUGCUGGCUGCUCCUCCAUGCAGAUGGAUCGGGCGGAGAGAGGCUUCGCCCUCAGUAAGGAUGGGCCCUUGGACAUGAGAAUGGAUGGAGAGAGGUACCCCGACAUGCCCUGCGCUGCUGACGUUGUGAAUACCUUAGAUCAACAGGCUCUUGCAUCCAUCCUCCUGGCAUAUGGGGAAGAAAGACACGCCAGGAAAAUAGCUUCAGCCAUUGUGGAGGCACGCCGUGUCAACCCCAUCACCCAGACACAGCAGCUGGCCAGCGUGGUGGCAGGAUCAUUUCCGGCAGCUGUUAUCUAUGCACGUAAAGACCGACUCCAAAGAUCUGCACACGUGGCCACUAAGACUUUCCAAGCUCUGCGUAUCUUCGUGAACGAUGAGCUGAACGAACUACAUGCGGGGCUGCGUGCUGCCCGGUCGGUACUGAAACCUGGAGGACGACUCUGCGUGAUCACCUUUCAUUCGCUAGAAGACAGACUGGUCAAACGCUUCCUCCAGGGAGAUGACUUGUCUAAUCUAGAUCAGUAUCAUUUCAGCCCGAGGAAGCGGGCCACUGGGAAGGAAAAGCUGGUGGAUGAAAAAAGAGAUGGUGGAGGUGUUGAUUGGCUCGCCCUGCGAAGAAAAGUGAUCGUCCCAGAAAGGGACGAUGUAAAAGACAAUCCUCGAGGACGCUCCGCUAAACUGAGGGCAGUACUCAGACGUUAAUCAUGUGACGACAGUUAUGAGAGAACAGAGAUUCUCUUUUUCCAUCAAGUCUUUUGAGCUUUUUUGCAUCCAGAGUAACUUUUUUACAAUUGAUACUCAAAGCAAGUAAGGUUAAGGGUCAGGAUGCAGUUAUACAAUAACCAUCCUCUUUAUUUUUCUGCUUCAGAUGCUAUUUUUGUUUUUUCUUUUUGACUGUCAAGUUAGGAUUUUUUUCUGCACAUGGGCACUCAGAGAACCUCACUUACUUCUUCCAACUAACACAAUUGGACUGGUGGGAAGCCAGUCAGGGUUGUCGUCCUUGACACUGCAUCAGAGGUUGGUUAGGGCACUGCACAGUAAUGGGUUAACUCUGGGUAAGAGAAAGUUUCCACACAAAAAAACGCUCAUCCAAACAACUUCACACUGGACACUGUGCUCCCUUCUGGUUCUGAGCAAUACACCUGCCACGACACAAAGAGCUUACAUGGACAUUGACGGAGAGUGAGCUGUACCCAGAAUUCUAUUAGAUGGUGUAACGGAUUAUAUUGUAUAUAGACUUUCUCUCUUUUUGCCUUACCCAAAAACCUAAUGAGGGCCACAAAUGUGUGUGAAAGCUGGUAAAGUUUGAAAUAAGCAAUUUUUAUAUCGUGGUAAAAAUAUGUUGUUUUUCCUUCUGUACCCUUAAAUGUAAAGUUUCACAAUUUAAGUUCUUUUUUUUUUUUUUAACCUAAUUUACAUUACAGACACCUCAGGUUUGAUUAAGCACUGUAAUGACACUGUAUGAUACUGCGUUUGAGUGAUUAAUUAAGACUUUUAUUCAUGUGUGCUUUUUGAAUAAAUUGGAUUUUCUUUCAUUGCCAGUGUUUCACAGCAUAUUAUGUUGUUAUUGCAGC